CUGUAGCCUAAUUUAUUUGCGGUUAUUUUAAAUCAAGUUGAAGGCUACAGGCUACGUGGAAUGAAUACGCUCAGUCAGUCACAAAUUGUAGCCUGUGAAUUAUAGGCUAAUGUGACAAACGUGCUGCCUUUAAUCAGUUAUCAGUGAGGAUGGUGAUAUAAGACAGUCCUUUCCUAUGCACCACACAUGAUACCAGCUGCAUCACCAACUCACACUGUCAAUCACAACUUUCUCCAAUGCUCACUCACCUAAGGCGGGAGCGCCGAAUGGAUCCAAUAUAAAACGCUGGUAGACUAAGGUGAGUGGAACAUUAUAGUGGAACGGAAGGCAGUUUUAUAGACUUCGUAACCAUAGGCGCUGCUGAACAAUAGUUUUUUUCCUCUGAAUAAUAAACCUGGAAUAGACAUUGAACAGACAAAGUGUUUGUAUUUGGAUGUUGCUGAAGUCCGUUGUGGUGAUAUGCAAACAUUAAACGGACCGGUGCUGAUGAAGGCACCUGCCUUCACACUUACUGAAAUGAUGGAGGAGAUCCUCAACCUGACCGGAAACGGACCUUAUAACAAAACUCUUACGGAUCAUAAAUUCAAUAGUCUUGAGGACAUAGAUGUAGCAGACGGCAGCCCAAUUCUCAGGAUAAUCAUUUCAAUAGUGUAUUCUGUGGUAUGCGCGGUGGGGCUGGUUGGAAACCUGUUAGUAUUUUUUCUGAUGAAGUUAAGGCAGGGUAGAAAGAAAUCCAGUAUUAACUUUUUCGUCAUUAACUUAGCUAUAACUGACUUUCAGUUCGUUCUCACAUUGCCGUUUUGGGCAGUGGACACUGCUAUGGACUUUAGCUGGCCGUUUGGUGAUGCCAUGUGUAAAAUUAUUCUAUCAAUCACUGUUAUGAACAUGUAUGCAAGUGUUUUCUUCUUGACUGCGAUGAGCAUCACCCGGUACUGGUCUGUCGCCUCAGCACUGAGAAACCGUACACGGCAUAGGGUGUUUUCUGCCAAAUGGGUAAGUGCGGUGUUAUGGAUCUUGGCCACUGUGGCCACAGCACCAACAACCAUUUUUGCCACUGUAAAAACUGUUGCUGGGGAAAAGCUGUGCUUACUCAAAUUCCCAGAUGGACAACGCUGGCUUGCACUUUACCAUCUUCAAAGAAUUAUCAUCGCUUUCGUUCUGCCAAUGCUCACAUUGUCAGUCUGUUAUUUGAUGCUUCUAAGGUUCAUUCGUCAAAGAAGCAUGAACAACAAGCAUACUGGACGACGUUCUAAAGUUACUAAGUCGGUGACUAUUGUGGUUCUGUCAUUUUUCCUUUGUUGGAUGCCCAACCACGCAAUAACCUUAUGGGGUGUUUUGGUAAAACUGAAUGCUGCAUAUUGGGAUAGAUCAUAUUACAUUGUGCACACAUAUGUGUUCCCUGUAACUAUAUGCCUGGCCCAUGCAAAUAGUUGUUUGAACCCAGUUCUGUACUGUCUGAUGCGGCGCGAGUUCAGAAAAAUGUUGAAGAAUUUGUUCUGGCGCAUGUCCCCACCAGUUAUGGCUUCGACUUGUAAAUUACGCACAAACUCUACUGCAACGAAACCACAGAGGGAAGACGUUCAAGGUGUGAUUCCGCUCAAUAUACUGGACACCGAAAAUUAUCGACUUUCUGUCAUCGACAGACAAUUUUCUCUAACCUGCGACAAACCAACAGAGGAACCUAGCUCUAUUGAAAACAGAGUAUAACGACCUGGAAGUCAUUAAGGCUUUGUAAAGGAUUUUUUAGUCAAAGACACACCUUAGGACUGUGGGUCCGUUUAAACAAAAAGGAAUGACCGUGUACAAAGACCAAAAUAAUUGUGUUGUACUGUUUUUUCAUGUGAAAAAGGAAGCAUCAUAUAGCAACCUAAAUACCAGCUGAUGAUUUUUGUAAUUCAACUGUGACAUUUUGCAUAUAGUAAAGUAUGACCAAGAAGAUGUAAAGAAAAAAAAUCAUAAUACUAAGAGUAUGAUGUAAUAUUUCGAUAUUGUUUCAUGUUGAGUGCUUAUGUGGACCAAGAAAGGUAACCACAACAUUUAAAAUGUCUUUUUAACUGUGAUAUUAUAUAAAUGUUAAUAUGCCAUCUGAAUAAAAUAGGCAUUGAUUGCUUUCAUUGGUAAAUAAUAUGAUUAGUUUGAUGACAUCAUGUCCCAUCAUUAAUUAUUUGUUGGAGAUGUUCAAUGACGACAUUACACAAGUUGUUUCCAUGACCCAUAUCCAGUCACCCCUACCAAUGAUAACCUAUAACUUCAGUUCUCAGUUGGCAGGGUAAUGAUUUGGAAUAAGUAGAAUUCAAGUAGUGUAUUCAACAAGUUUGAAACUAAAUUAUUAUUUCAUGAUAAAUGGGCAAGAAUGAUUUAAAUGGACAUGAAUAUUUUAUUAUAAUAUGAUUCCCUGAAUAUUGAUUAGUCACACUGGAAAUAAAGAACUCUUGUGUGCUUGA